CAUCGAGUUGUCGUUCUUGUAAUGUGUUCUUUGCUAACUGGUAAUAGCAGAAUGCUGUAGAAUGAUAUUUGAUUGUGAUAGGGCCCUAAUAAAUGGCAAAUAUAGUCGUCACAUAUGAUUGGAAGUGUUGUUUCUAAAUUUUGGAUAAUUUAAAGACUAAGUUACAUUUUGUAAAUCGUUUAACCCCUAAUGUUCCGAAAGUGAUUUCACUACAAAACAAAAUUAAUAUCGCCGAAAACAGCACGCCAUGAAGAAAGUUUUAAUGAUAGCAGAGAAACCAACAUUGGCAAGUAGCCUGGCUAAUAUAUUAUCGAAUGGGCGGAGUUUAACUAAAAAAGGUAUUAGCAAUUCGUGCCAAACGCAUGAGUGGACUGGUUCAUUUCGUAGUGAACGAUCAGUUUUAUUCCGUAUGACAUCAGUAUGUGGUCAUGUGAUGCAGUGUGAUUUUGUUGGUAAAUAUAAUUAUUGGGAUAAAGUAGAUCCUGCUGAAUUAUUCACUUGUCCCACGGAAAAAAAAGAGUCAAAUCCAAAACAACACAUGCGUUCGUUUUUGGCUCAAGAAGCAAAAGGAUGUGACUAUUUGGUUUUAUGGCUGGAUUGCGACAAGGAAGGUGAAAAUAUAUGUUUUGAAGUAAUGGAUGCUGUUAGUCGAAUUAUUUCUAAUGUAUACAGUCACAAUGUUACCUUCCGCGCUCAUUUCUCAGCAAUAACUGAAAAAGAUAUUAAAGAAGCCAUGAAUAAUUUGGGACACCCUAAUGAAUUUGAAGCAAAGUCUGUAGACGCUCGACAGGAGUUGGAUUUACGAAUUGGAUGCGCCUUUACGCGAUUUCAAACAAAAUUUUUUCAAGGACGGUAUGGUGAUUUAGAUUCGUCACUCAUAUCUUAUGGACCUUGUCAAACGCCUACCCUGGGUUUUUGUGUAAAACGACAUGAUGAAAUUCAAGUUUUUAAACCUGAGACCUUUUGGUAUUUGCAGUUGGUGGUUAGUCAACCUGAAUUUAUAUUUGAGUGGAGUCGAGGCCGAGUGUUUGAUAAUAAUAUUGCUAACACAUUGCUUAAUGGAGUAAAGGAACAUAAAGAGGCAAUAGUCGAUAUUGUUACAUCAAAGGAACAAGUUAGAGCGAGACCCCAGGCCUUGAAUACAGUUGAAUUAAUGAGAAUUUGUAGCUCUGGUUUAGGAAUUGGGCCAUUUCAAGCGAUGCAAAUAGCAGAACGUUUAUACACACAAGGCUACAUAAGUUAUCCUCGAACAGAAACAAACCAAUAUCCAACAAGUUUUGAUUUGCAAGCUGUUUUACACAUAUUGGAGCCUUCAACAGAAUUUGGCAAUGAAGCAACUAAUAUUUUAUUAAACAUUAAUUUACCUCGUAAGGGAAAAGAUGUUGGAGAUCAUCCCCCUAUUACUCCUAUGAAAUUAGCUAACAAAGGAAAUUUUGAGAAGGAUACCUGGCGUGUAUAUGACUUCAUAUGUCGUCAUUUUUUAGCCACGAUAUCUCAGGACUUAAAAUAUAGGCAAACUUGUGUAAAACUAAAAGUAAGCACAGAAACCUUUACUUGUACCGCAAAUGCGCUAAUUGAUCCUGGUUUUACAAAAGUAUUGACUUGGCAAGGUUUCGGCCGUGACGAAGUUGUGCCAAAUUUCACUACAGGUGACAAAGUAGAAAUAAAUGAAGUACGCUUAUUAGAAAGCCAAACCGGUCCCCCUGAUUAUCUUACUGAAGCUGAGCUUAUAACACUAAUGGAACAACAUGGUAUUGGAACGGAUGCAUCCAUCCCUGUACAUAUAAAUAAUAUAUGCCAACGAAAUUAUGUACACAUAGAAAGCGGACGCAAACUGAAACCAACAACAUUAGGUAUUGUAUUAGUUCAUGGGUAUCAAAAGAUCGAUCCUGAUCUUGUUUUGCCUACUAUGCGAUCGGAGGUAGAACAAAUGUUGAACUUAAUAUCUAAAGGCUCAGCUGAUUUCCAUGCAGUGCUUCGUCAUGCAAUUGAUAUAUUUCGUCUUAAGUUUUUAUACUUUGUCAAAAAUAUAUCUAAUAUGGAUAGUCUAUUUGAAGUUUCGUUUUCACCAUUAUCUGAGACUGGAAAAGCGCAUUCUAGGUGUGGAAAAUGUAGACGCUUUAUGAAGUAUAUACAAUCGAAACCUGCACGUUUGCAUUGUUCGAAUUGUGAUGAAACAUACUCGUUACCGAAUGGAAACGUAAAACUUUACAAGGAAUAUAAAUGUCCGCUGGAUGAUUUUGAAUUAUUAGCAUUUUCAACAGGUUCAAAAGGUCGUUCUUACCCAUUUUGUCCUUACUGUUACAAUCAUCCCCCAUUUAGGGAUAUGGCUAGAAAUGGAGGAUGUAAUACAUGCACUCAUCCCACAUGUCCCCAUUCACUUAACACGUUAGGCAUUUCUAGUUGUGUAGAAUGUGACAAUGGUAUCCUUGUACUUGACUGUACUUUAGCCCCUAGUUGGAAAUUAGGCUGUAACCGUUGUGACGUUAUUAUUAACUGUUUUAAGGGUGCCACAAAAGUAACAGUGGAAGAAAACAAGUGUAAUAAUUGUGAUGCACAACUUGUUACUGCCAUUUAUAAAUCAGACAAAACAAAAUUUAGAGAUGGGACAGAAGAAAAAAACGGUUGUAUUUUUUGUUCUCUUGAAUUUUCUCAUUUAGUAGAAAAGCAUCGUGCUGUUUCAUCUCGCCCAGUAAAUAUACGUAGUGGUGGGCGUGCUGGACGUGGUAACAGUAAAAUUGGUCGUGGAGGAAAUAGAGGGUCAAGGCAACCUAAGGACAAAAUGGCGCAGUUGGCGGCUUAUUUUGUUUGAGAUUUUAGUGAAAACAUUUAUAAAUAUACAGAAUAAUAUUAAUUAACUAUAAUAGG